AUGCAGCAAGCCAACAAAGCGCAGGAGUAUGUGCAGAACGACAUGACCGAGUUUCAGCAAGCCAUGGAGCAAGCCCAGCAGCGCUUGAAAACAGAGCUGCAGAGUCGCUUGGAGGAGAGUCGUGCAGCGCUCGAGAAGCAGACCCGAAGCCUGUGCGUCCUGCAGCACAGCCGCCAGGAGGGACAUGGCGUUGUUGGCUUUGGCUUUGGCUCAGCACCUGAGUGGUGCAUUGAGGAUCAGCGCUUUGGCUCGUUGGAGGUCGAUUUCGGCCGCAAACUCGAGCACUCGAGCCAUGAUACAGCGGCGAAGCUCUCCGGCGCCAAACGCUCUUGCGCGGAGUGCGGCAACUGCGCAUCCCGGGAAGGCUUGGAGGAAAGUGUUCGAUGGUUUUCGCUGAACAAUUCCCAAUUUACAAGGCAGGCUAACGAGCGUGAUCGCGCCAUUGGCAAGAUCAUGCAAGAUCCCAAAGACAUCGAGCAUGCCAUUGAGGGAAUGAAACGGGAGCUGGCGAAGGAGCAGUGUGGGCCGGCCAUGUGCUGGCCAUUGCGGUCCGACCAGCCAGUGGUGGAAGUGAACAUGGCUGCCCACUCAGCCACGAGCGCUGUUGAGGCCACCAAGGAGGCCCUUCAGGAGCAGGCCAAGCAGAAGGAAGAGCUUCUGAAGAACUUCGACACCUGGAAAUUGGAGGCGCUGGAGGAGGCGGCGCGGAGGGUCCUCGAAGCACAGGAGGUGGCCGUGGGAGAUCUCAUGAAGACCAUGGAUCGUCACCGUUACCAGACCAAGGAAGACACCUUGAAGACCAGGGAGGAACUUCUACAGGUCAUGACAAGCAACAACAAUCUCUUCGAUGGAAAAGUGGUGGAUUUGCAACAGCGGCUUCAGCUGCUGGCCAUGGAGGCUGGAAGGUCCUUGGGAGAUCUCAAUGGAGACUUGGAGCGUUUGCGACGUGGAGAUUCCACUCUGCAGGAGAGCACCUUGGACUUGACCUUACCCGGGCUCCGUGACCUCCGCGGCGCCGUCACCGAUGAGCAGAAGCGCCGCCAUCAGGAGGCACAACGGCUCGGGGAGCGGCUGCAGGAGCCCGGGGAAGGAAGGCUUUCACAAUAUCAGGAGCGACGCUUCCCACCGGGCGACGAGUCCGGAAGACCGGUCCCGAAGUUCGGGAGGGCGGUUGGAGAGGCUGCGUUGGUGGAUGACCUUGAUGAGCCAAGUCAUGAGGAGAAGGUCUCCUUCACCGUGCUUGAUGGUUUGAAGGGCUGCGAGGUUUGCUACGUCGUGCGCGAUAGCCCGAAAAUCGUCGUCCUGCAUUGCGUCCUGUGGCGCAUCGGCGCAUCGGGAUGCGUCGCCCGUGAUAGAAUGCGCGCGGCGUUGCAGCAGGGCCACCUACAGGAGAUGGAGCAAAAGGUCGACAAGUUGGUGCACACGCUUCACACCCCCUCGGGCCAUGAAACGGCCUCCUUCAGUGCCCCGGGGCCCUUGCACUCGCGAGAUGCCUGGCGAGAGCAGUUCCGCUCCGCCUUGCGGCUGGGCGGCAGAGGAUGGAAGUCCAUGGAUGAAAUCGUGCCGUGGCGUGGCGGAAAGCCACCGGAAGAUGUCCUGAGCGGUCCUGAGGAACGACUCCAGCUACGUGAAGAGGGCCUUGCAGACCACUCGAGCUUAAGCGAGCGACUUCCGCUCCCGGAGCGAGCAGGGGAUUGUGAGCUGGGCCCGGCUGCACUAGCGACUGCAAGGGUGGAGUGGAAUCGAGGGCGGGCGCAGGCCACCCAAGUAGGCCUUGCUUUGUUAGCCGGUGGACCUUUGCGUUUGCGCUUUGGUUUGCUUGGGAGGCCGCUUCCCACGGUGUCUGUGGCCGUACUCGCGGCCGUAUGGGCGUGCAACCUGCUGCCAAAGGUUUUCUCGGUGUCAGAGUCCUUGCGCUCCGUGCGCGCACGCAUAGCCGCUGCCGGACGGCGCGGCUCGCAGCGCGAGAUGCUGCAGCGUGUGCGACUCAUCGCCGUCUCCAAGUUCAUCCCCAGCGAUCUGGUCAAAGAAGCACAUGAUGCUGGUCAGGUGGACUUUGGCGAGAACUACGUGCAGGAGCUGCUGGAGAAAAGUGCUACCCUGCCCCAAACCAUCAGGUGGCACUUCAUUGGUCGGCUUCAGUCCAAUAAGGUGAAGAAGCUGCUGGACGUGCCCAAUUUGGUUUCCAUCGAGACCGUCGACUCGGCUGCGUUGGCUGAGAGGAUCGCGGCAGCGGCGACCCAUCGAGAGCAGGUGCUGGACUUGUCCAUCCAGGUGGAUACCAGCAAUGAAGCUACCAAAGGCGGCGUCUCCCCCGAUGCUGCCCUGCCACUGGCAGAGCACGUGGCCGCGCUGUCACCGCACGUGCGCUUGGCCGGGCUCAUGACCAUCGGAGCGCCGGGCGACCUGAGCGCCUUUGAGCGGCUCCACCAGCUGCGGCACCGGAUCGCCCAGCAGCUCCAGGUCGUGGAAGAAGAGCUGCAGCUAAGCAUGGGCAUGUCCGGCGACUUCGAGGAGGCGAUCAAGCGUGGAGCGACCUCUGUGCGUGUAGGUACCUCCAUCUUUGGCACCAGACCGCCCAAAGAGUAA